CAUCAUCUUUGAGGCCAUAUUCCCAAAUACUUUUUAUUAUACCUUGCCAACAUGGCGCCUAUGCCCUUGACGGGCACGAUUGGCGCCACAUCAUCGGCAAAUUCAGAGCUGCAGGCAGCUUCAAAUCGAAAAGCAUUGCCUGAUUCAGUCACAAGUUUCUUUUUACCUUCAAUCGAAAGACCAGAAAAAGUGGCAGAAAGAAAGAAACAAGUGGCAUUACAAAGACAACAAAAGAAGAAAGAACAAAGAAGCAGGAGAAGCAUCUCUAAUAAACAGAAAGAGGAAGAAUAUGAGUCUGUGCCAGAGCAAGAGGACGAGGAUCUGCUGGACCUUGAUGAAAGCUUGAUCUUAUUGCAAUCUCUUCGACAAUCAAGGUUGGCACACCUUACGAGCAUGCUGCCAUAUCUUUCCACUCGACAUAGGACAUCAACCAGAUACCACCCGCCUCCAAAGGAGCAUCCUUAUCCUGGUGGAUUGGAUCCAUCCGUCGUUCCACCCACAUUGCUAAAUAUGGGCAAAGCUGACGUUCGAGUAGGUCCCUUUGUGUUUCCACGCACUCGAUUUAGCGAAGCAAGAAUUGAAGGGGGUGCUCAAGAUGCUCAAGGUCUUUCAUUGAUGAAGGGUCAAAUAUCUGAUACUGCUACUCCUGUCAAAGUCAAGAAGCCCAGAAAGCCAAAAACGCCAAAGGCUGCGACAGAAACUGGAGUGACAACAAAUGAUUCACCUGCCUUGACAGCCACGGCUCAGACUCCUGCGGUAGGCUCGACAGCACCAACAGCUCCUACGACACCUAGCAAGCCACCGACAACAAAUUUGUCUACACCUUUGGCAAAUACACCUUCCACUUCUGCCGGGCCAAUGCAGUCCACACCACUUGCGAAGCCUACUGGACAAGUACCUGCAGCUCCCUCUUCUGUGGCACAGCCUUCAAUCGCACCAGCUGCCACUCCGCCCCGUCCGCCAAUGGCACAAGCACCGGGAGCAGCACCAAUCAACGAGAAAGUUGUCAAAGCAGUCAGUGCGGCAGCCCAACAGGAUCCAGCAUUACAGAAUUUGUUGUAUGUUGCCGCAAACAAUAAAGCAUCUCCUGAUCAAUUGAGAGAGCUUGCAGCUUUUAUUGCUCGAGUGAGCGCAGGAUUGGAAAAGAUCGAAAGUGCUCAAGCGGAAGAACGAAAGAAAGAAGAAGAGAAGCAAGCGAAAUUAGCUGCUAAAAGAGCCGCUCGUGCAGCUGAUGCAAAAGCAAGAAGAGCUGCAAAAAAGGCUGCUGCUUUGGCAGAAGCGGAAAAAGUUGCUGAAAAUAGUGCCGAUGUUGGCGAAGGAGAGCCAAAGUCUGGUGAUGAAGAAAGUUUUGAUGCUUCUGUGCCACGCUUCCUUCCACCUCCAGACGCAAAUCAACCUCCUCCAUAUCCUCCCAUUGUAGUGGUCGAGUUUCGUGAAAAUCCUUCUGCUCGAUUCAUCCUUCCUCUUUGGCGAGAUGCUGUGGUCGAACGACGCAAAGAUGGCGCUGUCCGCAGCAUCAAAGUUUCUAUGCUCCUUCCUGGCAUUGGGAGUUCAGCAGCUUUACGUGCGUCAGACGAUGAUGCGAGUCUGAUUUCAACCAAAACAAAAGGAGCAAAGUCAUCAGGCAAAAAGUCUACAGCGCCGGGUACGGAAGAGAAGAAGGAGGAGGAGGAGGAUGAAAACCCCAUUUCGUCUACCAAUCCGCCCACUGACGAGCAGCUUCGAAAAGAAGCUCCAAAAGGCGCUGAGACGAGGCUGGUGACUUGGAGCAUUAGUGGCACAAACAAAGAUCCAUUGUCAGAUGCUAUCUGGCAAAUAUUCGGAAGGGUGAUGGGGGCCAAAACGAUUGUAGAUGGCGUUGAGGUUCCAGUGGAAGAAAGCGGUGUCACUCAGAACACCGGCGAGGAUGGGCAUCAGCCGUCGACUAGAUUAUCUGAAGAUGUGUUGGCUUCCGUGAUCGCCAAGAUUCGAGCACUUCCGCCAAGUCACCGAGAUGAUGAACGGAUACCUAAGCUGCGUGUACGACCGGAAGAAAUCCCCAAAGAUUUACACGACCAUUUAUCUGACAAGUACGCACCACGCAUACAAGUGUUGGCAUCACGACCGAUCGUACGUAUCAAACGUGGAACGGGAGCUGAUGGAGAAGAUGGCGAACAACAAUUUGAAGUAUUGCGAAAUGUUCAAGCUGGUAAUAUGGUGGUAAAAAGAGCACGAAUCAAAACAGACGAAGAUGAAGGAGAAGAUACAACUAUGGGACUUGAUGGCGGAGAAGAUGAAUCGAUGUUCUCAAGCGGUACAGGAAUCUUUGGCGAUCAACAUAGCAAACCUAAAAGGAAAAGACAUGUUGCUAAAUAUAAUCCUGAUGGAAGUUUGAAACUUUGUCAAGCUUGUGGAACGAAUUCGACUCCUAUGUGGAGACGAGGACCAGCAGGUAAGAGUACUCUCUGUAACGCUUGUGGUGCAAAAUGGAAAGUGGGAAGGUUGGUUGUGCCUGAUAUACCGCCUACUGCACCUCCAGCUGAUGAGAUCAGACAAAAGCAAAAUGCGAACGACAAAGUCGAAGCUGUGGAUAGCGGCACCAUGGAAGAGUCAACUACGGAGAAUAAAGGCGAUGAUGUUUCCGCAGAUGUCAGCAUGCAAGAGGCGGGGCAAGACGACACAAGCAAAUAAGGCAAUCACCACUGAAUAAUUCUUAUCGAAACACCCAUUCUGUAAUUUUAUGUAGAAUACCUUUAUAAAUCAUUGUAUUACAACCAUGCUUUCUAGUAUUUUGAUCGUACAAU